UAAAUCACCCGUGACCUUGACCGAGAGCGUACAAUUCCCAUCAAGGAAGUCUCUUAGUAGCAUUCUAGAGGGAAGCUGAAUUGCACUUCUAUUUUCAGUGGGGCCAUUUCUGGUGAUCACCAAUACCAUCGGAUUUGCCCUAAAAUAAUUUAAGAACGAACUCAAGUCGGCAAUAUGUCCAAUCCACAACCUGUGUUAACUGGAAUCAAGUUCAAGGCUGAAGAGGAUAAUGCCAAAAGAUAUGAGGAAGGGGCUAAAUAUGCCAGCACGCAUCAUCAAGAGCUUGAAGAACCGGAACAGAAAAUCAAACAGAUUUCAUUCUUCCAAUUGUUCCGGUUCGCAGAUACGAGAGACACUGUUAUGACGAUCAUUGGACUUAUUGGUGCUUUAAUCCAUGGUUUCUUCUAUGUGGCUGUUAACAUUGUCUUCGGUGAAACCACCGAUGUUUUUGUAAACUACACUAAAUCUAUCAGGCUGAUUAGUCGUUUCAACGUUUCCUCAUAUAAUUUGACCAACGAGGACAUCAUAAGGAAUCGAAGCUUACUCGACCCGAUAUUGAUUGACAACGGGGUAAGAGAUUACAACUCUAGUGUCCUACCCGUAGUAGCUGCUGAAGGUAUAUUCACCGCAAUGAGAGGGUAUGCCUGGUGGUAUGUCUUCAUGGGCGUUAUGGUGAUGCUCACAGCAUUCGUCCAGAUCUCGUUCUUUAUGAUACCAGCAGAGCGUCAGAUGAGGAGGAUAAGAACAUACUUCCUGAAAGCUUGCUUAAGGCAGAACGUAGGAUGGUACGAUGAGCUAGGUGCUGGGGAACUGAACACCCGUCUCUCUGAUGACAUUCUGAAAAUCAGCGAUGGCAUAAGCGACAAACUUGGCACGUUCAUCCAGUACGUCUCUACGUUUGUUUGGGGAUUCGUCAUUGGCUUCGUUUACGGUUGGAAACUUUCAUUGGUGAUGUUGGCUACCGUUCCUGGGCUGACCAUAGCGGUGUUCGUAAUGGGCUAUGUUAACAGUGUUCUUACUAACGUAGAGCUGAAGGCGUAUGCUCAAUCGGGUAAGAUCGCGGAAGAGGUAUUGGGGUCUAUGCGCACUGUUGCUGCUUUUGGUGGCGAGAAGAAGGAAUGUGAACGUUACAACAACAACUUAGGAUUUGCAAGGCAGAAAGGUAUCCAAAAAGGACUUGUGAUGGGCCUUGGCAUAGGAUUUGCAUGGUUCAUCUGCUAUUGUGCAUACUCCCUUGGGUUUUGGUAUGGAGCUAAGCUCAUCCGCGAGGAGGACUAUAGUGCUGGGAUACUUCUUAUAGUCUUUUUCUCUGUUGUGACUGGUGCUGUUGCCAUUGGACAGGCUGCCCCAAAUCUGCAGAACAUUGGGACGGCAAGGGGAGCUGCAUACACCAUAUAUAACAUCAUAGACAGGAUUCCUCCCAUAGAUAGUAGCAGUGAGGCUGGUACAAAGCCCAGCGGGAUCAAAGGAAAUAUAGAAAUUAAGAAUCUACACUUCUGUUAUCCAACAAGACCUGACGUCAAAGUGUUGCAAGGUAUUAGCCUAAAGGUUGGAGUUGGGGAGUCCGUUGCUCUUGUCGGUUCCAGUGGUUGUGGAAAGUCGACAUCAGUACAGCUUAUCCAGCGAUUCUAUGACCCACUUGAGGGAUCUAUUGAAAUUGAUGGCAUCGAUAUCAGGGAAUUCAAUAUUAAAUGGUGGCGUAACCAGAUUGGAAUUGUAUCUCAGGAACCGAUACUGUUUGGCACGACUAUAGCUGAAAAUAUUCGUUAUGGGCGAGACGAUGUUACCCAGCAAGAAAUUGAACAAGCUGCCAAGGAAUCAAAUGCCCAUAACUUCAUCAUGGAGUUUCCGGAUAGGUACGAGACAUUAGUGGGCGAACGAGGUGGACAGAUGAGUGGAGGACAGAAACAAAGAAUUGCCAUUGCAAGAGCUUUAGUUAGGAAUCCUAAAAUUUUACUGUUAGAUGAGGCCACCUCUGCACUGGACACUGAGAGUGAAGCCACCGUACAAAAUGCUCUUGAUAAGGCUAGGCAAGGACGUACUACAAUCGUUAUAGCCCAUCGUUUGUCUACUAUUCGCUACGCUAACCUCAUAUGCGGCUUUGAAGGGGGUAAAAUUGUGGAGCAGGGGUCUCACGAGGAACUGAUGGAUUAUGGUGGAAUAUAUUACCAACUUGUGACACUGCAAACUCGUGAAGACGUCGUAAAGAAGGACGCUGAACAAGUAGACGAUUCACUUGCCCUGCUGAAAGGAAAGCUACAACAGGAAAUGUCUCCUGAUGACAAAUUAGUCUCGGAAUUAAAGAGGGGUAACAGCUUCAGAAACAGUUUGAAAGGAAGCCUCCGGGGUUUGAGGCAUUUGGGAGCAGGAAUGUCUCUUCAUGGCAAACUUACUAAGCCUGAGCUUCGGGACGAGGACCUUGAUCUGUCGCCUACACCGGAAGAUGAGGCGCUCCCUCCACCACAACUGAAGCGACUAGCUGGACUCAACUCACCAGAAUGGCCAUACAUUCUCGGUGGAUGCCUCGCCGCCAUAUUCAACGGAGCAGAAAUGCCUAUUUUUGCAAUCAUCUUUAGCGAACUGCUAGUUAUAUUCACAUACUGGGACAUGGGACAACAGGAGAGAGAUGCAUCUAUGUUUGCAAUCAUUUUCCUCAUUCUUGGCGCCGUAGUCGGACUCAUGCAAUUCUUACAAACAUAUCUGUUCAGUGUGUCCGGUGAGGGAUUGACGAUGAGGUUGAGGCAGAUGGCAUUCAAGGCAAUGAUGAGACAGGACAUCGGAUGGUUUGAUAACCACAAGAACAGCACAGGGGCAUUAUGUACUAGAUUGGCAACUGACGCAUCUAGUGUACAGGGGGCAACUGGUUCACGAUUGGGUUUGAUUCUCAUGAACGCAGCAAACAUCGGUGCUGGCAUUAUAAUUGCGUUCGUCUUUGGCUGGCGUCUUGCGUUGGUUAUGAUGGGCUUCGUGCCUGUACUCGCCAUUGCGGGAGUAAUGGAAGUGCGAGUGUUGUCAGGUGUAGCCGGAGGUGACAAGAAAGCUUUGGAAAAUGCGGGGAAGAUUGCACUUGAAGCAUUGGAAAACAUCAGAACCAUAGCUGCCCUAACAAAGGAAGAGAAAUUCUACUCGAUGUAUUAUGAAAAGUUAAAGGCACCUUAUAAAAGUUCCAUAAAGAAAGCAUUCGUCUAUGGAGCUACAUAUGCUUUAUCUCAGGCCACAUUUUAUUUUGCAUUCGCCGCAGGAUUCACUUAUGGUGCCUAUCUGAUAGAAAUCAGACUGAUGCAAAUGAGUGAUCUUUUCAAGGUAUUUUCGGUGAUUAUUUUGGGUGCAAUGGGUAUGGGUCAGGCUGCCGCAUUUGCACCCGACUACGCCAAGGCUAAGGUCGCUGCAGCCAGAUUAUUUAAACUAUUUGACAGGAUCCCGGCUAUAGACACUGAAUCACCACACGGAAAUGAACCACCUUCUUAUUCGGGAGCAGUUGAGUUUGUAGAAGUUAAGUUCCGCUAUCCAUCAAGACCUGAGGUGCCAGUUUUACGUGGUUUGAAUUUGAGCGUGACACCAGGACAGACGCUGGCCCUCGUGGGAAGUAGUGGAUGUGGGAAGAGUACAUCAGUUCAACUCAUUGAGAGAUUCUAUGAUGCUUUAGCUGGUAGCAUUAUUCUAGAUGGGAGUCAUGAGAUUCACUCCGUAAACGUAGCCUGGUUGCGCAGACAGAUAGGAAUUGUGUCUCAAGAACCUGUGUUGUUUGAUGCUAGUAUCGCAGAGAACAUCAUGUAUGGAGACAACUCAAGAAAUGUGACAAUGGACGAGGUCAUACAAGCAGCCAAGAGUUCAAACAUUCAUAACUUCAUAUCUUCUUUACCUGAUGGCUACAACACAAGCGUGGGAGACAAAGGUGCACAGUUGAGUGGGGGUCAGAAACAACGUGUAGCGAUAGCCAGAGCCCUGGUCAGAAACCCCAAGAUUCUUCUCCUGGAUGAAGCAACAUCAGCACUGGACACAGAGAGUGAAAAGAUCGUACAAGAGGCAUUGGACCGGGCUAGACAAGGGCGUACAUGUAUUGUAAUUGCCCACAGACUGUCUACAAUCCAAGACUCUGACAAAAUAGCAGUUAUUUCAAACGGAAGAGUUGCAGAAAUAGGAAACCACGAGGAGCUUUUAAGACUAGAGGGAAUUUAUUAUAAUCUUCAAAACACACAAAGAAAAAAGAGGACAUAAUUAUAAUUUGAAACACAUAUACGACUGGAUUUAUUUUGGUUGCAAUGGAACAAAUAGUAUGCAAAACAUUGGAGAUUUUUAUGAACAAAUACACGAAAUCAUAAUGCACAUGUAGAUGAGUAAAACCAAGCCAAAAAUUGUAUUUUAUUGUAUUUUACCACCAAUGAAGGUGGACAAUCGGCUUCUAUCUCAUUUGCAUAUUGUUCUGUAAUAUGUAUGUGAAAAUGAAAUAAACUAACCUUAAAAAUGAGUAAAACCGACAAACACAAUUAAAUGAUAUUCAAUAUCAACAGUGUACAUUUACAGUUUAGACAAGAACACUUUCAUGUGACAAGAACACUUACACUUACAUGAAAAGCAAGUGUUUGGUUGUCUGUGAGUAUUUUUGAUUUUUACUUCUGCUACGAUUGUUCAAUUAGAUGUAUACCAUAAUAUGGUAUGUGUAUUUACAAUAUAUGUGAAUUCAGCACAUUAAUUAAAUAAAAUACAUGCAAUUGCUUGAC